CGACCUCAGGCUUCGAAGUUGUACAGCAUAUCGUUUUGGCUUAUAAGGGCAACCCGGUUCCUAUUGUAUCUUCUAGAGACAGGGAGCUGGUACCCCACCAGGCCGAACCUCUGGGUAUAGCUUUUGCGAUGCAGGUCGAUCCGUCCCUGCUACCGGAUCAUGAAGAACCGGACUUGUCCGGCAUCGAUCCUGCUCUCCUUCGACUUAGUCAGGCGAUGACCGUAGCCCAAGAAGUACGGACUCCGAAUACAAGUGUAGAGAUCUCGUUGGAGCAUGAGUAUCUCAAUGACAUCGAGGAACAGGAGGACAGGCCGAAAUCGACAGAUGACGUCUUGACGGAAUUUAUGAACACCAAUGCAGACUUCAAGAACAAGUAUCAAAGAGCGGAUCUAGCUAAGAGUACAGUAAUGGAGAUUCUGUACGAAGAGGCCGACCAAAUGAGAGCGUUAUUCGGACCCAAGCCCACACCCAAAUCGAAAUCCGGGUCUUCCAAGCCCAACGCUUUCGUUCACGACCUCGCUAUCCUCAUCUCCCUCGUUCCAACCCUUCCACCGGACGACGAACGCGAUGCACUGUUCGAAUCCCUCGUCUCACCCCUGAGUAGCCAGCACGUCAAGCUCGUCGACCUGAUAGCCAAGAAAAAGUAUAGUAAACGAGCGAGGGUCAAGCGGCAACAUCAGAGUUCAUUCGUGGUCGGGGUCGAAAGUGGGAUAUCGAAAGUGAAUGAUGGGCAUGGGGAACCGUCGGAAGUGGGAAGAGGUGAAGAGUCGGGCUUGGCCAUGGAGAUGAACGUAAACAUGGACCAGAACGUAGCUGCGGAUGUGGAUGUAGGAAAGGCGGGAUCGUUCCCUCCACAAUCUCCCUUGCUGGACUCGCAAGCGGACCCUACCCUUCCGAUUAGCCUAGACGCCCUCGAAGCCGCCGUCCUGGACUAUCAAGGCACAAUCGAUCAUCCCUGCUCCUCGUCUGGCAACCCCUCCAAUCCCGAGCCCAACCCCAACCCAAACAAACGAGGCCGAGGUCGACCCAAAGGCUCUCUGAACAAGUCACACGUCCCGGCUUGGCAGACCAAGGAGAACCGGCGGAUCCGGCAGAAAGAACGGAGAGAGUUGUACCGGCUUCAACAGGCUGAAGACAGCGAGAGGAGGAGGAGAGAGGAUCCGUCGUAUGUCAGUCCGAAGAGACGGGUGGGAAGACCGAGGAAGGUGAGAGAAGGUUUAGGGAUGGGCAUGGAUAUGGAUAUGGGGAUGGGCGUGGCCAUGGGGGAGUUGUUAGCUGGCGCAGGGGUUACUGAGGAUGGGGUGAGGUUGAGCUUGAUGGAGGACCAACAACAGGAACACGCGUCAGGACAGCAGAUGCUAGACCCACACAUACAUGCACAUGGGCAGACGUUGCAUGAUCAGGAACAUGGCCAUGAUCAUGGGGUUCAUGAUCACCAAGAAGAGUCGCAUACGCAUGAACAUGAGGAAGGGGAUGUCGGGAUGGACUUGGACAUGUCGACGGGGAUGGGUCUGGAUAUGGCUGCUAUGGGCCUGGACUUUCAAUCGGAUCCCGCGGAAUUCGCACAUGCACAUCUCUUGCACGACCACCACGAUGAUCAUCAGCAUCAGCAUCAACACCUCGGGCACGAUCAACGAUCCGAACACGACCACUUGCACCACGAUCACCAUGACCUGCAUCAUCACCAUCAUCACGACCCACACGAUACAAGCGACUCGAUGCAUACCGACGACCAUGGUGUCUUGCAGAUGCUAGACAUGCCCGCCGGACUGGACGACAUGACGGUCGGAGUCGACGAGGAAGAGGAGACGAAUUACCUAGCGUAUGGCGCCGAGACGUAUGCGUACACGUUGGACGCCAUCGAAAGAGCUCAUGCGGCUGUGAGGGCAGAGGAGGAGAGGAAUGGGAUGCAGUGAUAGUAUCUUGUGACUGUUGUAUACAUACUUGUCGGCGAACGGUUGUUCACGAUUCGGCGUUUCAGCCCAUAAAUAAUGUCCAUCUG